AUGGAAUUAUUGCUACCUACCAUCAAUAGCCAUUACUAUUGGCUCAAUCAUGCCAAGGAAUCAGUUUACAUCUUACCUAAUACCAACAUAUCCACCUUUACCACCAGCGACCCCGAAACUUGGUUCUUGCCUAAAGAGUUACAUGAUGAUGAUGAUGCAGGAGAUGUUGAUGACAUGCAGGUAGACACUGGCAAUGCUGAUAGCCCAUUUGAGGCCGAAGACCAUUAUGACCUCCUAAUUAGACAACUGCCACCACCCUUUUAUGAUCAACCUUCGGGAGCACACUUCAAGCCACAACAUGAGUACCAGUCUUACCAACAACACAACAAGUCGGGACCCAAGUUUCCUCUUGAUAUAUACAGUCAGCUUGCUACCUUGCGCCUCCAUGGCAACCGGAAUACCACAACCAUUCGGCGCAUCGAGGAGCUGCAAGCUCGCGCCCACAACUACAUGGAUGAUCUUUGGCAUCAUUUUCAGCCCGAAGGCGGUUACCGUCCUCGCGGGCCUCCUCCACCUUGA